AAAAGGGAGAGUCAUGCAAAGCAUAGAAUUGGCCAUGCAAGUUUGCCGUUUCCAGUAAUUCGCCAUUUGGGGACUUCACGUCUCUCUAUCUUCUCUUUUUUUUUUUUUUUUACUUUCUCCUUUUAGCAACUCUAUCUUUCCCCCCUUUCAACAAAACCCCUCUUCCCUAUUUCUCCUUCUUCUUUUUCUGUAAAAGAUAUAUAUAUAUAUAUAUAUAAGGAGGGGGGAGGAUUUAUCAUCAAGAUUAAUAUUUAAUUUGAAUUUUGUGGAGAAAGAAGAAGAUGGGUAGAGGGAAAAUUGAUAUAAAAUUGAUUGAGAAUGUAAAUAAUAGACAAGUCACAUUCUCGAAAAGGCGUGCUGGAUUGUUGAAGAAAGCAAGCGAGCUCUCUGUUCUUUGUGAUUCUGAAGUUGCUGUUAUUAUUUUCUCAAGUACUGGCAAGCUUUUUGAGUUUUCUAGUACUAGCAUGAAACAGACACUUUCGAGAUACAACAGAUGUGUAUCCUCAACAGAGAGUUCUGCUGUCGAAAAGAAGUCAGAGGGCAAUGAGCAGCCACAGUCGCAGCAGCAGACGCAUUUCCUGAAGCAGGAACAGAAAGAGGUCGACAGUCUUAAAGAUGAACUUGCAAAGCUCAAGACAAAACAGCUGCGGUUGUUAGGCAAGGACCUUAAUGGUAUGGGUUUGAAUGAACUACGGCUGCUUGAACAUCAGCUGAAUGAAGGAUUAUUAGCUAUAAAGGAGAGGAAGGAGGAAUUGCUGAUACAGCAACUUGAGCAUUCAAGGAAACAGGAGGAAAGGUCUGCACUGGAGUGUGAGACCUUACGUAGACAGGUAGAAGAGCUCCGAGGGUUAUAUCCUGUAAAUUCGUGUUUACCGACAGCCUAUCUUGAAUACCAUCAUCCAUUGGAAAAGAAGUAUCCAAUUUUAAAAGAGAGUGAGGAGAGUCUGGACUCGGACACAGCAUGUGAAGAUGGAGUAGACAAUGAAGAUUCCAACACCACCUUGCAAUUGGGGCUUCCAACUAUUGGUCGAAAGCGAAAGAAACCUGAGCAGGAAUCUCCUUCAAGCAACUCAGAGAAUCAAGUCGGCUCAAAGUGACUAUUGUCUUUCGGGACUCGUCCCCUCCUUUAUUACUUGUUAGGCUGUAUUUCAGGUCAACUGAUAUUGAAUCAGUUUUCAUGUUAAAAAACAGGUUCAUCUGGACCAGUGAUUUUGUUAAGGACUUAAUGAUCUCUUAGAUGGCUUAAGCUAGAUGAACAUGCUGGUUAAAUUUUGAUUUUGGACAAUAUCUUUUGACAGGGUGUUUAAAGAUGGAGAAUAGAAGAGUCCAGUCUCCAUUUUUACUGAUUUUGGUGCCUAGAUCCAUUCACAUCUCCCUCUCAUGCUGUGGUUUUUCAGUUAAUGAAAUGGAUGUUCUUGGUCAUA